UUUCUGUAGGUACUUACACUAUUUUUUACGAUCUAUAAAAAAAACUAAACUACAAAAUAACAAAUACUAUUUUAACGACGAGAUGAACAAGAGAAAGUAUCCGUAUGGUAUCGAUAUGUGUCCCCAGUUAAAAAUACAUAUUGGAGAGAAACAAGUCGCUAACGGAGUAUUGGGACCAUCCAAAAUGUCGGAAAUUUAUGAAAAGACUAAACGGAUAUUAUUUCAAAGAGCAAGAGCAUCUUUUGAAACAAUAGAUCAGUCUGUGGUUGUGGAUAAAGUUCCAUGCGACAGUAAACCAUCCAAACAAAUGCAGUUAACGUUUGAUGGACAACUCUGCAAGCCUGAUAUUUUAUUUGAAAACUCAAAAGUGUUUAAUUACAAUCAGAAAAAAUGUAACUUUUGUUCAAAAACAGAAAAAUUAGAUUUUUGUGGGAAAUGUGGAGAGGUAUUUUGCAAUAUGUGUUCAUUUUCUUUAUUUUGCGAUGAAGCGAAUAAAAUUUGUUUAACAUGUUAUGAGUAGAAACAUUAAUUUUUAAGAAAGAAUGUGAUAAAUAUUUAUUGAUUUAAAAUUUUAUUAAAGAAUUAUUGUAUAUUUUAUGUAAAUUUUGUUUGUUUUUAUUUUUAAAUGUUCUUUAUAUAACCUAUUUUUAAAUAAUUUUACAUUGAUGUAUAAAAGUAAAUUAUUCAACUGUUUGACUGUUUUUAAAACAUAUUUUCAAGAUAAAUGUAUUAACCUAUUUUCUCAAUAAAGCUAAGAUAAUAUUUUGAAUUUUGC